AUGACCGAAUCGUCCCCUCAUUUCGAACGGGAAAGAUCGCGCCUGAUCGCCGAAAUAGCCGAGGCAAGUCAUCCGUCUCACACAUCCCCAUACACCAGCGCGCGUUCGCAUCGCGUCGCGUCGCGCCCUCACCCUGCCUCACCCUGCCUCAUCUGACCUCCACUUCAAGCCCGCACCCGCACCCGCACCCGAUCCCGCACCCGAUCCUCUCAUCCUCUCCUCUAGAACCUAGCCAAAUGCGUCACUUCCGCCAAUGCCCUGAACCGCAGCAUCGAGACCGUCGCCUCCGUCAGCAGCGGCUUCGAACCCGUCCACGCGUUGUGGACCCAAUUCCAGACCGUCAUGUUGAACGGUAGCGUGGGGAACCAUGAGGUACAGCACUGCGCUACGAUCGCGUAGUGAACGCCCGUAGUGGUCUGACCCAAUCGUUUCGUUUUUUCUUUUCUUUUUCGUCUGAUCUUGUUUCUGUAGACAACACGGACCGAACCCCCGAUCCUGGCACCUCAUUUCCCCUCCGGUGUCGACGGACACGCGAUCCUUCCUCAUGGACUCGCCCCCGGUCAAGGCGAGACCGCUCUUCUUCAAUCGACGCAUUGA